GCUUCCGGUGUCAUGGCGGCCUGAGCCCGGGGCCGGCGGACGGCUGCGGGGCCCGGCCCUGCGGAAGCCGCGGGUCCGGCGGGUCCGGCGGGUCCGGCGGGCAUGUGAGCGCGGGCCGAGCCGCCUCCGCGGGCCGUCGCGUGCGCUCGGCGUCGAGGCCCGGAUGGCGGGGUCGUGGGGCGCCGAGCCGCCGCGCUUCCUGGAGGCCUUCGGGCGGCUGUGGCAGGUGCAGAGCCGGCUGGGCAGCGGCUCGUCAGCGUCCGUGUACCGCGUGCGCUGCUGCGGCGCCCCCGGCUCGCCCCCCGGCGCCCUCAAGCAGUUCCUGCCGCCGGGGACCUCGGGCGCCGCCGCCUCGGCCGCCGAGUACGGCUUCCGCAAGGAGCGCGCGGCUCUGGAGCAGCUGCAGGGGCACCGCAACAUCGUGACCCUGUACGGCGUCUUCACCAUCCACUUCCCCCCGGACGCGCCGUCCCGCUGUCUGCUGCUGGAGCUCCUGGACGUGAGCGUGUCCGAGCUGCUGCUGUGCGCCAGCCACCAGGGCUGCUCCCUGUGGACCGUCCAGCACUGCGCCCGCGACGUGCUGGAGGCCCUGGCCUUCCUCCACCACGAGGGCUACGUCCACGCCGACCUCAAGCCCCGCAACAUCUUGUGGAGUGCGGAGAGCGAGUGCUUCAAGCUCAUUGACUUCGGGCUCAGCUUCAAAGAAGGCAAUCAGGAUGUCAAGUACAUCCAGACGGACGGGUACCGGGCCCCCGAGGCCGAGCUGCAGAACUGCUUGGCCCAGGCCGGCCUGCAGAGCGACACGGAAUGUACCUCAGCUGUCGACCUCUGGAGCCUCGGCAUCGUCCUGCUGGAGAUGUUCUCAGGAGUGAAGCUCAAGCACACAGUCCGAUCUCAGGAAUGGAAGGCGAACAGCGCCGCCAUCAUCGACCACAUCUUCGCCAGUAAAGCCGUGGCGAACGCCGCCAUCCCCGCCUAUCACCUCAGAGACCUUAUCAAAAGCAUGCUCCACGAGGACCCCAGCCGCAGGAUCCCCGCCGAGGUGGCGCUGGGCAGCCCCUUCUUCAGCAUCCCCUUCGCCCCCCACAUCGAGGACCUGGUGAUGCUGCCCACGCCUGUGCUGCGGCUGCUCAACGUGCUGGACGACGACUACCUGGAGAAUGAGGAAGAGUACGAGGACGUGGUGGAGGACGUGCGUGAGGAGUGUCAGAAGUACGGGCCUGUGGUGUCCCUGCUGGUCCCCAAGGAGAACCCCGGCCGAGGACAGGUCUUUGUGGAGUACGCGAACGCCAGCGACUCCAAGGCGGCGCAGAAGCUCCUGACCGGGCGCAUGUUCGAUGGGAAGUUCGUGGUGGCCACGUUCUACCCGCUGAGUGCCUAUCGGAGGGGCUAUCUCUACCAGACGCUGCUGUAGGCCGGACCCCCGCGGCCACCCGGCGCCCACCCUGCCGACCUGCGGGGGCGCCUUGCCCUGUCCUCUCCCCGCUGCCCCCGAGCAGCCCGCAGCACUGACCGUGAGUUCCGGGAGCCAGUGACCCUGGGCAGGAGCGAGGACCAAGGACGGUCGCAGGGCGUCAAGCAGCGCCCUGGUCUUCCUUGGUGAUGACCCUGGGCACGUGCUAGUGGCCGGCCUCGGAGGUGGACGCCGCCCCGGAGGCGGAGCCGCGCACUGAAGCCGCCGUGACCAUCACCGCUGCCCGGCCUCCAGCCUCCCCGCUCGAAAGCUGUUGUUCCAUAUUGCACAGUGGACGUGUCUCGUGCGCGUGCGUGUGCCUGUGUGUGGGGACAGGGUGUGCGCCCGUGUGUCUGCAUGUGGGGACAGGGUGCACUCGCAUGCAUGCGUCUGUUGGGACAGGGUGCGCGCGUGCAUCUGCAUGUGGGGGACAGGGUGCACUUGCGCGCGUGCGUCUGCGUGGGAUGACAGGGUGCGUGCGCGCCUGCGUGGGGGCUGACGGGGCACUUACACGCGUGCGUCUGCGUGUGGGGACAGGGUGCACGUGAGUCUGCGGGCACGGCGGGGAGCUUCUGCUUCCUGGGGUGAGUCUGAGCCACAGUCUGUCCCUUCUGUCCAUGCACUUUGCGGUGUCGUGUCUCGGUGGGCUUGUGGGUCAGAACCUCGAGAACGUCCCUCUUCAAGCCCAGCACGCGGGGCCAAGGAGGGGCUCUGUGUACGCGCCGGCCGUGCCCCCCUUCGCCCGGGCCACCCCCACAGGCCCGCCUGGCCUCUUGCUUUCUGCUAGAAAGGUGUCGCGUUGCGCAGGGGCCAGACAGGUCCUGCCAGCCCGCUCUUCCCUGGACGUCUGUAAAACUUGAGCUUGGACAGACCAGCCCGCGCAGCUCACAGUUCUCGCGAACCCCGAUUCCUAUUUAUUUAUUCCGAAGGGGGGAAAGUCUCUUGUUUCUCUCGCUGCCCGGUGCCCGCACCACGGGGCUCCCUGGGAGCUGACCCCUGGGGCUCCGCCCUGCUCACUAGGCGGUGCUCCUGCAGUCGCCACGGGGCGGGGGCCAGGGGACCCCAGACUCAGCUCUCCCGGGAGGACCACGCUCCCAUUUGGGCCUCAGGGGUCGCCAGCUCGUUUGCAGCCAAAAAGCCCCGCAUCCCCGCCGGCCUUCCCGGCACACUGGCUGGUGGCACUCCCACGCUCUCCAGGGCGAGUCUCCCGGGCUGGACUGCUGUGGGCAGGGCCCGGCCCAGCUGCCCCGCGGCCCUCUGGGCAUCUCCAAACCGGGCUGAGGGUGGCAGGGGGUACCCUGAAGAGCAGCCAGUGAGCCCCGCGGAGGCACUGAACUCAGUCGGACCAAAGACGGCCCCGGGCCGCGGCCCCCUGCCCUGCCCCUCCCUCCCCCCCUCCCCCCCCGGACUCGGAUCUCGGUGCUGUCCAGUUCGAACCUGCUGGCAGCCACGUGGUUCUGCAGGCCAAACUGUCUCCACCAACGCCCCGUUUGUCUUCCUGCCAGGGAUGGCGCUGGGGCAAAUCUGAUCUCAGGUAGUUUAUGUUCCCUGCAACGCCGCCCCCCAGACCCCCUUCCUUCCGUGGUCAGUCUGUGGUGUGGCCACAGCAGCCUUGUGGGGGGCGGCCACGCGCUCUUGGGGCCCCUCCCCAAGGCGGAGUGGAGUGCCUGGAGGGUCUGGCCCAUCUGGUGGCCCCCCCAGGUCGCUGACCCUCUGCUCUCUGAGGCCACGACAGAGCUUUUUCGCGCCCCAGACUAGGCCCCUUCCCGGGUGCGUCCGCUGCUAACGGGCCCAGCUGCUGUCCUCUCCCUAAGGGCCAGGGGCGCAGGGGCCCCCUCGGAGCAGGUUUCUGGCCCGGACAGCUGGGGGCACACCUGCGCGUCCCCCUCCCCCGGCCCUGCCCCUGCACGGUCAGGCCCCUGGCACCGUCACUGCCAGGGAGCGCGCACCUGGCUGCCAGGUGUGGGGUGAGGGUCCCCGUCCUGCCGCGUGUGUAGAGAGGGUGAGAGGUUUGAGUAAGUGCCUUGUGUUUCACUGUGGGGGGGUUUGGAAGCUUCCAGAAUGCAUGAGUGGUGGCGCCCCUGUCUUCUCCUUGGAGUGACGCGGGGCUGGGUGGUGUAGCGGUGACUCCGCCUUUCUUUGGGUGAGCCUUUUCCCGCGGGGGGCGGGGGGGCAGUGACGGGGCUUGGCGUCUCCCCGGCCCAACAGCGGGAGUCCCCACCCUCCUCCUCCCCUGGGUCAGGCCCCUCCUCUUUGGGGGCGUGUCCAGUAGGGGCGCCCCGCCCUGCUCUUCUGUGCACCAGAUUCCUCCUGAACGUCCCCCUGCUUUCUCCCUUCCGGUCAGGUGUGGCCACGCGCCGGGCAGCCCCCCAGCGCAGAACAAGCUCCCUUCGUCCUUCUGGUGCUGGUCACCCACCGUGGCCUUGGUGGGGGGGGCGUCUGCUCCGGGGCAGUCCCCAGGGCUCACCUGCUGGGGUGCAUUUGCAGGCGCUCUGCGUGCUCGGCUGGGAAGGGACGCAACAUGGGGGUCCCCGGGCAGAGCCCCGAGUGCUGCUUGGAUGCGUGCCCCCACCCUGCGCAGACGCGAAGACCACUGUGUUUGUGCCCCGCGUCCCCUGCCCCCAGGUUUCCACGCUGAGGGAUGAGACGAGGCGCCCCGGCAGAGGCAGCCGGCCUGCCCUGCGCGCAGGGCGGGUACCUGGGCCACGCGGCCGGCCUAUGGCCCCCACAGGGCACGCAGGGACAGCCCGGCACGCGCGCGGGUGGACGAGACCAGGCCCUGCGGGGUUAGAGUUGGGGCGCCCCGCGUGCGUGCUGCCCCCCCCCCCGCGUUUUUUGCGCCCCUGCAACGCCCCCUCCUCAUGUUGGCCGCCCCGUGCCCGGAGCCCUCAUCCCGCGGUCUCGCUCUGAAGCCUGACCAGGCUCUGCCCACUGCCUUGCGUGGCUGCUUGCCCGGUGCGCGCACAGCUCGGAGUUUGUCUGCUGAGCGGCGCCGCCGCCUCAUCACCCUCAAGCCCCGGAGGGCCCCGGCCGCGAGGGUGCCGUGUCCCGCAUCUCAGCCCACGCGUGUGGGCCUAGGUGCGUGUGCUCCAAGUCUGCGUGCGUGCGUGCGGGCCUGGGUGCGUGCGCCCCGAGCCUGCGUGCGUUCUUUGGUUCAUGCGCUCAGAGCCUGGGUCUGGGUUUGGGUGUGUGCGCUCGCUUGGCGGGGCUGCCGUGUUCCCGCAGAGGGACCGGCAGAGGCCGGGAGCGAAAGACCAGGCUUAAGAACGCGCCGAGGGGCCGAGCGAGCUCCCCCGCGUCUGCCUUUGAUCCGAGCGGGUUCUGGGUCUCCCGGGCCCCUGGGGCGCCCGCACGCCUGCGCUGCGCAGGGUGACCGGGCCACUGGCCCGGCAGUGGGAAGGAACCAGUUCCCCCUGCUGCACCCCAGAUGCCUGCAGAUGGGGGGCCCUGGAGAGCUGGGGCAGGGUGCUGGGUCCUGGGCCCUCCCUGGGCAGGGUCCACGCUGGCCCCCACAUUCUCACUUGGUGGGAAGGGGGAAUCUCAGUCCAACAUUCCUUAUAUCCAAACAGUGUCAGAUCCGGGGUGAACGGGGCUUUGGGGUCCUCCAGCGUAGCCGGGUCCUGCGCCCUUGUAGCUAGAAGCCCGGGUCCAGCCUCCUCUGGGCCCCCGCCUUCGCACCCCUCCCUCGCUCCUGGCUGGGUCGGGGUCUUUAGGGGCGUAGGACACAAUGAGGGGCCCCCGUGUCCUGCGCCCCGCCUGCCCCGCGUCUCAGCCGCGUGUUCCUCUCGGUGAUAAGUGGGGCUCGGGGUGUCCCCGGCAGCAGCACCCCUGGGACCUCCACCCCGGGUCCCGGAGUCCUGUCGUCCCCCGGCCCGCGUCCCUGCCUCGUGCCGGCCCCCUGGCCGCGUCCGCCUCCGCUGAGAACCCUUCUGUACAAUUGCCUUUGUUCAGUUCUGUCGUAACUUGACUCCCCGAGUUGCACUGUCCAUGCUUCCUGUGUGUGAGUGUGUGUGUGUGUGACCAGGUGGCACAAUAAAACUCCAGACCUGUGGA